CUAUCAAGACUCAACUCGUCGUAGCAAUGAGACCGGGCUGCGUAUACAUUGGAACGCAGUGAAAGUACCGGGGACAUUUGACUACUGGAAUCCAUGGUCAAAAGAUAUCCCGCACAUAACCCUAACUGCCCAUACUUCGGUUAAAUACAACGCGGUGUCGCCCGAGUGUGUUGAUUUCUCCGCACUUCAAAAGUCGUUAGUCGCCGCCGCAACUUCGGACAUCAGUCGAUCGCUCGUGAUGGACGAAGAACCGAUCGUUAUUAAUAUGAUACUGGGAAUAACGGCGCUUGUCCACAAUCAGAGUAAGCUCGGAUUCUCUCGCGAUAGAGGUGGUGUGUCCUUCUGA